AUGGCGACUAUUGGAGAAGCCGCUGCAGCCAGCGGCGAGGACAAGAACAGCGGGGGCAAGAUUCCCGUACCCGUCUUCGACGGCACGAACAAGACGAUAAUGAAGUUCCGCCGGGAGGUCGCCGUCUGGCAGAUUGGCACCGAGAUGAAGCUGCCCAAGCAGGGCGCGACGCUUUUGGCCAGCCUCAAGGGCAAGGCCGAGGAGGCGUGCGAGGAGCUCGACCUAGAGACCAUCAAGGGCGACGGUUCGGUGGAGGUUUUCUUGGAGGGCCUCGGGAAGCGCUUUCCCGAGAUCGAGGUACUGGAGUUACCAGCGCUCCUGGGGACAUUCGUGAAGCCGGCGUGCAUCCGGCACAAGUUCGAGGAGAUCCGCCAUUUCAGAAAUCGCUUCAGAGGCAUUGCGACGAAACUGAAGGCCAAAGACAUAGAGGUGCCCGACGAGGUCUUGGCCGACCUGUACAUCAAGGGCGUCCGCUUGCCACCGGAGCACGCGGCGAGCGUGCUCAACGGCGUGGGCAACAAGUUCAAUCCGACGAAGAUCCAGGAGCAGCUCAUGAUCAAUUCGCCCAAAGCAUCGGCGGCUACGGAGGUCACAGAAAAGGACCACAAGAAGGUGUGCGCCACGGAGGCCUACGACGAGGCCGAGAACGACGGCGCGUCCACCGACAGCUCCGAAGGCUACGGCGACGACUUGCGGGACGAUCUACAGGACGUGAUAGACGAGGCGGAGGAGCAGGUGGCUUCCUUCACCAAGAAGAUGGUGCGCGCCAAGGACAAGCUAAAGGAGGCCAAGCAGGCGCGCGGCUACUUCGCCAAGCGAGACGGCGGGCGCCCGCCGAAUAAGGGCGACGCCAAGAUCGCCGAGAUGAAGGCGAGGACGCAAUGUGGAGCUCGUGGCCAGAAGGGCCACUGGCGCGGCGGCCCGCAGUGCCCCAAGAAGAACGAACCCAACGCGAGGGCCGACAUCCCUCGAAAGGGAAGUCACACUACGAACCUGACUACGAACGACGGGGCCGGCGACGCGCAGGAGCCCCACGUCGCGGAGAUGACGGUCGCGGCGGUCUACCAGCACGAGCAGCUGAGAGCGGCGCGAGACCGGAGGAAGGUCACCUUCGGCAGCGCGCUGCACGACAUCGACUGGACGAACAUGCGCCAGCAGGCCAACGUGCCCGAGGAGGUGGCGGCCGCCUCGUUCUACACCAACAAGGACAACCAAUGCCUCAUGGCCGCGACGGGUUCGGCGCACAUCUACAUCAGCGUCGAAGACCUACUCGAGGAGUCGGGCGGCGAGCUGACUUUCGACACCGCCUGCUCGCGUUGCGUCGGCGGCCUGGACUGGUACAACGAUAUCAAGAAGAAGCUGGCGGCCUUCAACAUCCAGCCGAUCGAGUGCCCGAAGAAGGAGUCUCUCCGCUCCGGAGCGUCCAAGCUUGUGCACAGCCGCAAGUCGGCGCUGAUUCCCUGCUCGGUGAACGGCAAGGCCUUCACCGUGCGUGUGAGCAUCGUGCGCAGCGCCGUGCCGGGACUGUUCAGCCGCCAGGCCCACAGCGAAUUGGACAUUCUCUACCACGCGGCUGGCAACAAGCUGGACAUCAAGUCCGUCAACGAGCACGGCAUCCAGAUGGGCCUGGGCCGCGCCGGACACCCGACGCUCGAGAUUACAGGCGUCGCGCCAAGGUGCAAGCACGUGUCGGACGUCUCGGACACCGAGACCGAGAUCCGGCUGCAUCCUUUUGCGACUUACCACGCUGAGACAGCCGUGGCCAGCGCUGCCAAGCUGGCAGCGCCCGAGCGCUGCGACCAAGGGGUCGUCUCGGAGGCCGACGAGUCUCAGUCGGAGACUGACUGCGACGAGCUCGAUAGCGCUGAACUGUUCGAGCAGCAAUUGCGCCAGCUUUUACGACGCGUGCCGUGGCAGAUCCAGCCACCGCAGCUUUUCACGAACCGGCGGCCGGCGCUCAUGCCUCCGUCGCAGCCGAAAUGUAUGAUAUCUCCCAGGGCGACGAACCGGGAGGCCAGCUACUCGAACACGCCGACGCCGAGUACUUCCCGCCUGCCGGCGAUCUCUAGCAUGCGGAUGGGGGGCCCACAGGCGGGGGUGGCAAGCUACGAGUUGGAUGUGCGCGACGCGACGUGCGACCAGCUCCGAGUCAUCCCGCGCGCGCUGAGGGCCCAGGGACAGGACAAGAAGGCGCAGGACAUCCCCGGGCUCGGCAAGAUGCACGCGCACGAGCCCCAGGAGUUCCGCUGGGCGAAGGACAUCGACUUCGACCAGCACGCCACCGUGCCGGAACUCAGGCAGCGCCUGCAGGGCUGGAAGGUCGAGGACGCGGUCAGCGGCGCCUCGAGCAACGUGGCUCAUCCAAGCUUGCAGAUCACGGGGAACGAAAAGAUGCGCUUCGGCAAGUACCCGACUGCGGAUUACCGCUGGGUGCUCAAGAACGACCUGGGCAACGCGCGGUGGGCGGUGCUGGAGCUGAACAACGGCUGGGCGAGCCCGCUCCUGGCGCGCUUCGCCAGGUGGGUCAAGGCUCACGGAGUGAAGCCGCCCGAGCCCGAGAAGGCCAAGACCGCCAUCGAGGCGGCGAUGGCCGAGGAGGUGGUCCUGGACGACGAGUCGGCGACGCCGGCGGCGACGACCCAGCGGGCCUCAGCAAGCCAAGGCAGCUCGGCGGGUCACCGCCGCCCGAGGCCGGUCGAGGGGCACGAGAUGGACACCGGCGGCCACGGCUUCCAGAAGGCGGGCGAGACCGACCAGGAGACGGACGCGGCGUCUCCGCAGGUCACGGGCUUGCUGAGCGCCUUCGCUUUUCAGGCGGUGCUCACUGCGGACUGGCCGCCCCGACCUCUCAAGCCGCUCGCUCAGUAUGCGACGAGCGCCGCGCGGGGCGUGGCGGGCCACAUGAGGAACUUCAAGGAGGUCUACGCCGUCCAGAGCCACGGCGUGGACGCCAUGCAGGUCUUCGGAGGCGAAGGCGGUAUUACCGAGGCGGCAGUGCGCCGCAACAUGACAGCCACGGAGGUGAUCCACCGCAAGUUCGGCUGGGACCUCCGCAAGCAGAAGGACCUCGAGAUGACGUGCGAGCGGUACUACGCAUCGAGGCCGAAGUUCGCGUCGAUCGAGCUCGAGCUAUCCUGCGCCUACUACGCGAACAUUGCAAACUUCAACUUCCGCGCGCCGCCGGGCAAGCAGGCGCUGCGGCGGCUGCGGCGCGCGGAACGGCCAUUCCUUUUCUUGGCCCGCGACCUCUUCAAGUCUCAGCUCGAUCCAGGCGGCGUCGCCAUGAUCGAGAACCCGGCCACCAGCCGGAUCUGGACGCAGCGCAUCAUGAUGGAGCUACUUGCCGACAAGCGCGUGUACCAGGUGAUGUGCGAGUACGGGGCUCGAUGCUACAAGACGGGGGGGCUCAUCAAGCACCCCGCCAAGUUGCUCGUCGCCCAUAAGGAGUACGAGCGGCCACGCCGCACCUGCAGCCGCAAGCGCCACGACCAGACGCUGGGGGACAACAUGGCGGUGCGGAAGUCUGGCGUUUAUCCAGCCAAGUCCUGCCGAGCGGUGGUGCGCGUCGUCGAGCAGAUCAUUCGCCGCCAGGGUGGGCCUCGCGCCUACCAGGUGGACUGCGGCGCUUCCUCGUUGCCCUUCAUCGCGACGGAGCUGAAGGAACAGGCCACCGCCUGCGCGAACGAUACCGCGCCCCUGGGAGAGACGGGCGAGCCUAUUGGGGAUCCAGACCCCAUGGGCGGCGGAGACGACUCCGCCGACACUCGCGACGUGAAGGCCGUCAAGGGGCUGAUCUGCGGAGCGCGCCGCUCGCAGCAGCGCCCGAGCGCAAGGAGACCAGCGCACUUCCACUUCGUGCAGGAUUUCGGCGACGACGUGGGCUCCGAUUGCUUCGAGCUCAAGGACGUCGACGGCAAGAGCUACUGGUACUUCAGCAUCGUCGACUUGGCCACUACCUUUCACUUCGCGACGCUGAUCGGUCGCCACGCCAGCCAGGAGUUCGCUACGGCCUUCGAAAGGUGCUGGGCCUCCUGGGCCGGCGUCGACAUGGAGAGGGGAUUCGGCGGCGUUCUCAGCGAUUUGUUCCAGUCUUUCGACACGGUGCAGCUACCGGUCGCUGGACAGGCCCACUGGCAUCUCGGUCGAGUGGAACGUCAGGGAGCCUGGUGGAAGGAGCUAGCUGCGAGGACGAUCGAGCGCUCGUCGAUCAGGGGCGAGGGCGAGAUGCGGACGCUGGGCAUUAUGGUGUCGGGCGCGAAGAACUCGCUGAGGAGGCGGGCCCGCUUCAGCCCCCCGCAGCGGGUUCUGGGGCGCGAUCCCAAGAUGCCCGCCGACCUGGUGGGCGACACGGCCAAUUGCAGUGCCCACAGCCUCGCCGCCAAUGACGAGAAGAUUCGCCGCCGAUAUGCUAUUCGGACGGCGGCGCGCGAGUCGUUCAUGCGGUUGCAGAACGACGACCAGCUCAGACGAGCCAUGCUGGCUCGCGCGCGCACCGUGGCCACACCUUUGUCAGUGGGCGAGAUGUGCUACAUGCUCCGCCAAGUCAAGAUGAAGGAGCAGAAGGAGCAGCACAACCGCAACGCCAAGAGGGGCAUCUGGCGGGGGCCGUGCGUGGUUAUCGGUCACCAGGGCAACAACACCUGGGUCUCGCUGGGAGGGCGCGCCAUGCUGGCGGCCCCAGAGCACAUCAAGGCGCUCGCUCCGGACGACGUCUGGUUCCCGAACAGCCGAGACGAGAUCGGCCAGGCCGUGGCCGAGCUCAACAGGGCUCGCGACUCACUCGAGCAGGAGGAGGCCCUGGUGGAGGACAUCCGCCCGGAGCCGGGCCAGCCCGAGGUCCGGCCAGACGAGAUGGAGCAGGCGUGGCGGAAGUUCAUCGACAGCCCAGACGACGACGACCUGUGUCUGAACGUUCCUGAGGACCCGAAGCCCCAGGAGCAGAUCGAGGUGCUGCCCGCCGACCGAGCCGACAUACCUCAGUCAGCCUUGGAGGAGCAGCCCUACGGCCCCGCCGAGUUCCGACGACGGAGAGCGACCUUCGACGGGACGGACAGCGGCAACCUCGGCCCGGCCCGCAAGCGCCUGCAGACCGCCAAGGAGCACGCGGGCUCCGGAGGACCGCCCCCGAGGGCAGCCUCGCGCGAUCGGGCGGCCGUGCCCGACGGCGGAGCAGCGGCCGGAUCCGAGACGGAGGGCGCUAGAGAAGCGAUGCAGACCUCCAUCGCCACCGAGAGGACCAAGGGCAAGCAAGCCGACGAGGAGAUCCGCUGGAGGGCCAUCAAGGACUCUGACAGGGAGCUCUACCGAGAGGCGGCGGCCAAGCAGUGGAGCGAGUGGCAGAAGUACGGAUCAUUUCAGGUGCUCACCAUCGAGGAGUCCGAGGCGGUCAGUGGCAUGGUCAAGGCCAACCUCAUCUUGCCCAGCCGGUUCGUGCACCGGGCCAAGGCCCGACUCUGCGUCGGGGGCUACAUGGACCCGCGUCUCGCUCAGGGCGACCUGCGCACAGACGCGCCUACGGUCACCCGCAACUCAACUAUGCUGUUCUUCACCAUCUGCCAGAGGCUCGACCUGGAGAUUUACGCAGCGGACGUGGAGGUGGCUUUCAUGCAAGGCGACGAGCAGCCCGACCAGCAGUUGUGCAUGGCUCAGCCUCGCGAAGGCUUACCUGGGCUGCACCCGAAGCAGUUGAUCAAGAUCCUCAAGAGACAUUCGCACGACAAGCUCGGGGAGCUGUGCGCGGUGGUGGUCGCCCGCGUGGACGACCUGCUGCUGGGCGUCUCGCCCAAGUACCCGAGACUGUACGACCGGCUCUACAAGUUCCUGCCGUGGGGCGACUGGAGAGGAGGGGUCUUGCACCUACGCCAGACGGAGUUCGCGGACGCGAUCGAGGAGAUCGCGCUCAGCAAGGAGCGCAAGACGGAGCUGUCGGCGGAGGCGACGCCUGCCGAGUUUUCGGAUAAUCGCUCCGCCCUCGGAGCGCUCGGAUGGCUCUCAUGGCAGACUCGACCAGACCUGUCAGCUGGAGUGGCCAUGCGACAGCACACCCAGAACAAGCCCACCAUCCAGGACCUGCUCGAGACGAAUCGGCUCAUCAAGCUGGCGCGGAAGCACGCGGACGUGGGACUGGAAGUCCCGAAGCUACGUGGACCGUUUUGCCUGGUCACCUACCACGACGCCAGCUGGGCUAAUGCUGACGAGCCACCUGAAGGUGUCGUAGAGAUCGUGGGCAGCAAGGACAAGAAGGUCAAGAUCCGCUCGCAGGCCGGCUACGUGACGUUCGUCGCCGAGGUCAAGCUGGCGUGCGGUCCGUCGGCGCAGCGUUUUGUGUUGAUCGUUGUGCUUCCCCACAUGUUUGGGGAGAGGUGCACGGUCCUGGAGGGGAUGGCCUUCUGCCUGGACCACGCCGACAUGGCCGUCGAAAUCGCCGAGUGCAUAACCCAGGCGCUCACGAUCCUGGAGACGGAGAUGACACUCAAGAUGUCGCGCCUUCUCAUCGUCAGCGACAUUCUCCACAACACUGCCAGCUCUCGACCAUCGGCCUGGGCGUACCGCCGCGAGUUUGAGAAGUCGCUCCCAGACAUCAUGGAGCAUUUCAACAUCGCCAUCGCGCGAGCGGACAGCAAGCUGCAGGCCGAGAAGGCCAAGGAGCAGGUGAUGCGCAUCCUGCGGGUCUGGGAGGACUGGGGCCUGUUCGCGCCAUCGUUCAUACGCGGCCUGGAGGCCUCGGUCGCGGUGGGCGUGAAGCGGCUGAGGUUCCUGGCCACGAGGGGAGACGGCUCCCGCGAGCCCACGUGGUUGUUGCCGAAGCUGACGGACUGGCGCAAGCAGCACUUCUCGCAGCUCGAGAAGAUGUGCCGCACCCGCGGCUUGCGAUUCUCCACCUCCCACGUCGAGGCCUCCAGGGAGCUCCCGCUGGAGGACGCCAGGAGGGAGUGGCUCAUCGACCGCCUGGCCGCCUACGAGCUGCACUGGCACGAGAAGGAGCAGGCACGGCUCGCCGCGGGCUCCGGCGCCGGCGCGGGCGCCGCGCGGGCCUCGGCGGCGGCGGGGCGAGGCGCGGACGAGCUGGACGGGGAGGCGAUGGAGUGCGACAUCGACGGGUUCCCUCUG